AUGCCUGUCGUGUCAGCAGCUCGCUACGGAAAGGACAAUGUCCGCGUCUACAAGGUCAACCGGGACGAAGCCACGGGAAUACAUACGGUGACGGAGAUGACCGUAUGCUGUCUACUCGAGGGAAACAUCGAGACGUCCUAUACAGUAGCAGACAACAGCGUUGUCGUAGCUACGGACUCUAUCAAGAACACCAUCUAUAUCAAAGCUAAGGAACACCCCGUGAAUCCUCCGGAGCUAUACGCCAGCUACCUAGGACAGCACUUCCUAGACACCUACGCACACAUCCACGUCGCCAAUGUAAAACUUGUCGUCAAACGUUGGACCCGUAUGGUUAUCGAUGGAAAGGAACACCCUCACAGCUUCUACCGCGACGGAGAGGAGACACGGAACGUGGAAGCCCGCAUCACUCGUGAGGGCAUCACCAUCACGAGCAGCAUUGCCGGGCUUUUGGUGCUGAAAAGCACCGGAUCGGCGUUCCACGGCUUCGUCCGGGACGAGUUCACGACGCUUGGGGAAACCUGGGACCGUAUUCUCUCGACCGACGUCGACGCCAGCUGGAAAUGGAACAUUUUCCCGAACGUGGCGGCGGUCGAGCAGAAGGUGGCUCAGUUCGACAAGGCUUGGGAGGAUGCCCGUCGUAUCACGAUGAAGACGUUUGCCGAAGAGAGCAGCCCCUCGGUGCAACACACCAUGUACAAGAUGUCCGAACAGAUUCUUGAGGCCGCACCCGAGGUUGCCACCGUUACCUACGAGUUACCUAACAAGCAUUACUUCGAGAUCGAUUUGUCGUGGCACAAGGGUCUCAAGAACACCGGCAAGGAUGCCGAGGUGUACGCCCCCCAGUCCGGGCCCAACGGUCUCAUCAGAUGCGAGGUCUCGCGCUCCUAG